CUACUUACUAGUAAAACUUAAAAUUAUACGAGUAUAUUUCGUCAAUUUUAUUGAGCAUAUAUUUUAGUUAACGAUAAUACAUUCGUGAGUAGGUAAUUUUUUUUUCUCGGUCACUACGACUGACAUCAUAUGUAGUUUAUUAUUGAUCGGAGGUUUGCUCUUAGUUACCUUAACCAUUUUCCUUGUUUUAUUUUAAAACUUCCAGAUUUAGGAGCCAUUAGGUAUUCCCCACUAUUUGUCAGCGUAGUUAUACAACUGUUGAUAAUAUUAUACAUUUAUUCUGAGAAAUAUCCAAUCGCAAAAAUGAUAUCCUGGAGUGAUGUACUGUGUUUGGUACUGGUGGGAUUAAUAAACUGUCAAAAUUCUGAUCAAACAUACCCAAAUGUUACAGUAACAUUAAGAGCCUUGCACCCUAAAGGAUUCCGCGCUUAUAUAUCAGCGAAUGCGGAUCAAACCAAUAACAUUGUUUUCAAUGGAAUACUCUAUGAGAAUAUGGAGAAAGCAAGAAAUUCCGAGUCUGAUAUUGGUUUGUUAUGGGGUUUUGCGACCAGAAAAGCGCACAGUGAAUGGUUAUUUGAAGAUCACUUUGUGACUUUGGCGGUAGGAACUGUAAUCAAAUAUGGUAUUUUUAUACCUGAUCAGCAUCCUAAAGGCGCUAGCAAAAACGGACGAGCCUCUCUUACAUUAGACGGAGCUGAACCUGAUUUUAAAUUCUUCCGAGUGUCAUAUCUAGUCGACCCUCUGACGCCCGGUCCGAAUUGCCUACCAACGUUAACCAAAGUCCGUGGCAAAACAGUGUGUGCUGGCGAGGUCAUUUUCCAAGACAAUUUCGACACCCUCCGGGAAGACUUGUGGCAGAUCGAGCAAUAUAUACCUACUGACCAUCCGGAACAUCCAUUUCUAUCGUACCAAAAGUUAGACACCGAUCGUAAUGUGUACGUGGAGGAUGGAAUUUUGAACAUCGUUCCAAAGCUUCAGGAGGAUUUGAUAAGGAAGUAUAGCUCGAUUUUAACUGGAUCUCUUGAUUUAUCGGAUGGUUGUACAAGAAGAAAGUGCUCAAAAGUAGCUUUUGGAUGGGAUAUUCUACCGCCGAUUGUGAGCGGGCGUUUGACCAGCGUUAACUUUGCUUUCACUUAUGGGACCGUAUACAUUAAAGCCAAAUUACCAGACGGAGAUUGGCUUUAUCCAGAAAUUCUACUAGAACCAGUGUUCAAAAAAUUCGACGGUCAAAAAGAGUUAGCUAGCAUAAUUAAGAUAGCAUUGGCUGGCGGUAAACGAGAGAUUACUGCAAAUAAGAAACAUAGAGGAAUGCCCAACAUGGAACAAAGGUGUUAUGAUGGUCGGCAAUAUACGAUCAGUGAGACCCUGCGUUAUGGGCAUGGGACUUACAACUUUCACGAGUACUCACUACGAUGGACACCAGAUGUAAUAGAGUUUUCUAUGAAUUGGAAUCCGUAUUUGCGAUACUAUUUAACUGAUGAGGGGUGGGCAUAUAGAUGCUUCGAAGAUGUUAGCUCAGACUUCCGCCCUAGUCACAAUGAUUACGAAAACAAAAGGUUGCCAUGUAAUUUGUUGUGAAAAAUGUAACGCGGUCUAGGAAUUCAGGCCACAGCUAGUGAUUAUUUUAUAAGGAAACUCUAAUAAAAACCAGCGUGAAGUUGAAAAGCCUAUGCGCGGAGUUGGCUGUAAGUGAUCAAAGGUUCAAGGUGAGGAGGCACAGAGUCAUUGCCAUAGCUCAGCGAGUUACGAAGCUGCAGGCAAUUGUGUCUGACAUAGCUCAGCGAGUCGCAAAGCUGAAGUGGUAAUGGGCGGGAACAUAGCUCGGAGAACCGAUCGAACAAACCGACGACGACGGUUCCAAGGUGCUGGAAUCGCGAUUUUCGGCCAUCAACGAGGUGGACAUACGACAUCAA